UACCUUGUAAGCAGAACACUUCCGUGGAAGCAGGGCUUAAUGGGACCAUGCUCCCACCACCACAGCUGGGCUGCACUGAGACAUCCUUACAGAGAGCAAGGAGCAGGAUUCCAGCUGUGGAGUGCAAGAAAAGUGACUUUUCACAGAAGAGUUUACAAAGCACAGACCGUGGGAUGGACCUGCAGACUCCCUCAGGUCCUCUUGGGCAUCCUGUGACUCACGGUAGUGAGGAGCCACCCAGGAGCACUAAAAGAAAAAAGGCUAUUCGUAGUGAGAAGAGGAACUACAAAUGCUGUGACUGUGGCAAAUCCUUCAGUUGUAAGUCUCUGCUUAUUCGACACCGGAGGAUACACACUGGAGAAAAGCCUUUUAAGUGCAGUGACUGUGAGAAAUCCUUCAUCCAAAAGGCUGAUCUGAAUCAACAUGUCAAAGUUCACACUGGCGAGAAGCCUUUCAGAUGCAGUGAAUGUGGCAAAGAUUUCAAACAUAGUCGCUCCCUUGUUGGGCAUCAAAGAGUUCACACUGGAGAAAGGCCUUAUAAAUGCAGCCAGUGUGGGGAAUCGUAUAUGAACAAAUCCAGCCUCAUUCGUCAUAAUCGACUUCAUACUGGAGAAAAGCCUUACAAGUGCAGCGAGUGUGGAAAAUUGUUUAAAGAAAGAUCCAGCCUCGUUUAUCAUGCCCGAAUGCACACUGGGGAGAGGCCUUUUGAGUGCAGCCAAUGUGGGAAGAGUUUUAAAAAGAACUCACAUCUCGUGAAACACCGAAAAGUUCACAGCAGAGGGAAACCUUUUAAGUGUAAUGUAUGUGGGAGAUGCUUUACUGUGAGGUAUAUCCUCAUUAAACACCAGAGAUUUCACACUGCAACAAAGCAUCAUGAGUGCAAGGAAUGUGGGAAAGUGUUUUGCUACAGGACUGGACUUUCUAGACACAAGAAGACUCAUACUGAAUAGAAGUAUUGAGUGCCAUGAACAUGGGAAAUUGUUUUCCUCAUCUACUAUAUACAUGCAAGGGAACGUUCACUGGACCAAAAUCAAGAAUGUUUGAAUUGUGAGGAGCCUUCACCCACACCUCCAUCCUGUUCAACUGGAGAGGCCACGGUGCUGGGAUGCAUCAUGAACCCACUGAUUCUGGGAAAGCCUUUGAGCAAAUUUCUGCUCUUAUUAGUAACAUAUGCACAACUCAGAUAGGUCUGUGAAUGCAGAGAAAAUCUUUAGCCAUUGGCCAAAUUUAUCCUAAAAGUGACCUUUGUGAGGGAGUCAUUCAUUGAAAGUUACUCAUCAAAUAAGAACAUUGGAAAAAGAUGAGAAUUAUUGCCAUCUUCCUAUCCCCUCCCCCCAAAAAAUGAAUGUUUUCUAGGAAACUUAGCAAAAGAAAGGCCUGUUUUGGUUUUUUUUUUAUGUUUUGUGGGGUGAAGGGUUGCUUUUUUGAGGCAGAGUUCUCUGUGUAGCCUAGGUUGUCCUGGAACUAGCUCUGUAGACCAGGCUGGCCUCGAACUCAGAGAUCAGCCAGCCUCUGCCUCCCAAGUGCUGAGAUUAAAGACACAUGCACCACCACUAGGCCAAGCCCUGUGUUCUUGACUGCACCAGUGUGGAAUGGAGUUUCCAAGUGACUGAGUUUGAAUGGAGGAGGAACAGUGUGGUCUCAGUUUAAAUAAGACAUGGUUUUUGUUGUUAUAGUUGUUUGUUUGCACUUGUUUUCUCACUAAAUGUUGCAGUUCCUGGAAUAAACAAUUGUUUGCUGUAUUGUCUUCC